UCUCCAAAUUAUACAUCUUUAAAAUAUCUCUCUCUCUCGCCGACCCAUAGAAAAAGAAGUAUAUCUCUAUCGCUCUCCAGUACUUGGUCUUGCCAAACCGCGGAUAGUUCUUGAUAAACAAAUCAUCCCAAAAUCAAACACAAUUCAAAGAAGGUUGUCAAAAUUCUGCAACAAGAUCUAUUCACUUGCUUCUCUAUCAUCCACCAUUUCUUGACGACCAAAGAAGAAGCAGAAAGAACCCGCGAAGCAGAAGAGAAUCGGCUGGUCAUCUGCGGUGUCUCUUCAAUCCUCUCUCCGUAGACGCUGGCGUAAGAAAGAUGUCGGCGGAGGUGGGGGAAGCGGCGCAUUUGCCGGCCAACAGUCAAGAAGCAAAUGAAACGAUAGGAAUUACUGCAGAAGCUGAUCAAGGCCAUCUUCAUCAUCAGUAUGAUCAAUACAACCACGUGCUGAACCAUUACGGAAGCGCCGGCGGGACAAGCGAGAUCGAGGAGGAGCGCUCGAGCGUAUACUCCGAGAUCGGCAGCAGGAUCAGCAGCAGCCCGAUGGUGGGGAUCAAGGAGGACCAAUCGGAAGCGAUGAGCUUGUUCUCGUUCGACAUCCACAACAGCAGCGUAUGGGGAGGCGGUGACUGCGUGUACGUGGCGGUGGGAGCGAAGGGCGAGACGAGCAUGGAUGCACUGACAUGGACGCUCAAGAACGCCGUCGCCGACCGGUCGAACACCACCGUCUUCCUGGUGCAUGUCUUCCCUGAGACCCGCUUCAUUCCGAGCGCAUUAGGAAAUCUACCCAUAUCUGGGGUGAGUGAACAGCAAGUAGAGACGUUCAAGGCACAAGAAAGAGGCAAAAGGAACCAACAACUUCAGAAGUAUCUGAACACAUGCAUUUCCUCAAAGGUUAAGAUGGACACUAUACUCAUCGAGAGUGACAUGGUUGCCCAGGCCAUCCUUGAGCUCAUUCCUGUCCUCAACAUAACCAAGUUAGUGGUCGGCACUGGCAAAUCCAAUUUGAGGAGGUCGAAAUCUAAGAAGGGAAAUGGGAUUGCUGAUCAGUUACUUCAGAAAGCACCAGUAUCGUGUGAGGUCAUGAUCAUAUGCGAAGGAAAAAAGGUGAUACUCGAGCAGACGGCAAUGGACUCGCCGUCCACCCCUUCGCACAGCAAGCGAACCACGCCUUCGCAAGGGAGUCCCAACAAGCUCAAGCCUAUUGAGGAAGGGAAUCAGCGAGUGGACUAUUUUUCGUGCAUUUGUUUCAAACCGAAGGCCGCUUGGUGAGAAACCGGGAUUCGUCCAUACUUUCCAUGUACUUUUUUCUUUUCUUCUGUCCCUGGACAUCGACUUCGGGUGCAAAGGGUCUGUGAAUGAGGCACAAUCAGCAUGUAUAUUGAUUUCCCGUCCGGCUAUGUGAUUUAGCAAAAGCCCACCUGUGCCGAUCAA